UUGUUGUCGUCACGUGGUUGUCUUUGGAGCGCUGCUCUUUGACUCUGAGCCGCUGAAAGGCUGUCCGGCGUCUACUGUUGAUGUUUUGCAGGGUUCACAGAAUCAUUACCAGAGCGAGUAUUGUAACUCUGAAUCAACGGUUUUUGUGUCAAAAAUCAAAAAACCUGCCCCCCAGAAUGUCCUUCCAAUACCCACAGGCUUACCGUGACGAGGCGGUGGUGGAUGACUAUCAUGGCCACAAGGUAUCAGAUCCAUACAGUUGGCUGGAAGACCCAGACAGUGAAAAGACACAGGCCUUUGUCACAGCUCAGAACCAGUUGACAUUACCGUUUUUGGAGUGUGAAGUUCGAGAUCUGUUCAAGCAGCGAAUGACAGAGCUGUAUGAUUACCCCAAGUACAGCUGUCCCUUUAAGAGGGGGAGUCGGUACUUCCACUUCUACAACAGUGGGCUCCAGAACCAGAGUGUGAUGUACAUGCAGGAGAGUCUAGAUGCUAAGCCCACUGUCUUCUUAGAUCCAAACACCUUUUCUGAUGAUGGAACAGUAGCCCUGCAGGGCUAUGCGUUCUCUGAGGAUGGGGAGUACCUAGCAUAUGGUACCAGUGCCAGUGGAUCAGACUGGGUGGAAAUGCGGUUCUUGCGUGUCGAAGGUGCCAUGCCUCUGGAGGACCGUCUGGAGCAUGUCAAGUUUAGCUGCAUGUCCUGGACUCAUGAUGGAAAAGGACUCUUCUACAACUCUUACCCUGAUCAGGAGGGGAAAAGUGACGGCACUGAAACCUCCACUAACCUACACCAGAAGUUGUUUUACCACGUUCUUGGAACGCCGCAGUCUGAAGACGUGCUGGUUGCUGAGUUCCCUGACCAUCCAAAAUGGAUGAGUGGAGCUGAGGUGUCUGAUGAUGGCAGAUAUGUGCUGCUGUCCAUCAGGGAAGGCUGUGAUCCAGUCAACAGACUCUGGUACUGUGACCUUCACACCACUCCUCAGGGUAUUACAGGACUGUUGCCAUGGGUGAAGCUCAUCGACAACUUUGACGCUGAAUACGAGUAUGUGACCAACGAGGGCACGGUGUUCACGUUCAAGACCAACCUUGACGCCCCGUGCUAUCGUCUCAUCAACAUCGACUUUGCCUCUCCAGCUCAGAGCAGCUGGAAGGAGCUCAUUCCUCAACACGAGAAAGACGUGAUUGUGUUUGCGACCUGUUCGUACUCCUGCUACCUGUUUGUGUGUUUCCUCCACGACGUGAAGAAUGUGUUGAAAAUGUACCGUCUGAGCACAGGAGAGGAGCUGAAGACCUUCCCUCUGGAGGUCGGUUCCGUGGUCGGUUUCACAGGACGGAAAAGAGACUCUGAGAUCUUCUACUACUUCACCUCUUUCCUCUCUCCAGCCAUCAUCUACCAUUGUGAUCUGACAAAGGAGCCGCUGCAGCCUCACGUCUUCAGAGAAGUCACAGUCAAAGGUUUUGACCCCUCCGACUACCAGACCACCCAGAUCUUCUAUCCAUCCAAGGACGGUACUGAAGUCCCCAUGUUUAUUGUCCACAAGAAAGGCCUCAAAAUGGACGGAUCACAUCCUGGUUUCCUGUACGGCUAUGGGGGCUUCAACAUCUCCAUCACGCCGAGCUACAGCGUCUCCCGCCUCAUCUUUGUCAGGCAUCUGGGAGGUGUUCUUGCUGUCGCCAACAUCAGAGGAGGAGGGGAGUACGGGGAGACCUGGCACAAAGCUGGCAUGUUGGCCAACAAACAGAACUGCUUCACAGAUUUCCAGUGUGCAGCUGAAUAUCUCAUUAAGAAAGGAUACACCUCUUCUUCCAAACUCACCAUAAAUGGAGGCUCCAACGGGGGUCUGCUAGUCGCUGCCUGUGUGAACCAGCGACCUGAGCUGUUCGGCUGUGCCGUCGCUCAGGUUGGCGUCAUGGACAUGCUGAAAUUCCACAAGUUCACCAUCGGCCACGCCUGGACCACAGACUUUGGCUGUUCAGAAGACAAAGAGCAGCUUGACUGGCUCAUCAAAUACUCGCCGCUCCACAACAUCCGUGUCCCACAUGGGGAUGGGAUCCAGUAUCCCGCUGUCCUCCUGCUGACUGGGGACCACGAUGACCGGGUGGUGCCCCUCCACUCUCUCAAGUACAUCGCAACCCUGCAACACACCGUGGGUCGUUCCCCCAAACAGUCAAACCCCCUCUUCAUCCUCGUGGACACAAAGUCUGGCCACGGCGCCGGCAAACCCACCAGCAAGGUGAUUCAGGAGGUGGCCGACACCUACGCCUUUAUCGCUCGCUGUCUCAAUCUGUCCUGGGUCAAAUAACUGGCCUGUUUUUCUAACAAUAGUCGUUUUAAUGGUUCACGUUCUGGAGGAUUUAACAGCAACGGUUCACACACAGCUGUUUAAAGUUUAAAACAUUUUACCUUGUUUACAAGAACUAUGGUCAGUACUGAAAACUGAAAAUAAUACACAUCACAUACUCGAUACAUACUAAAUGUUCAGCCUCCUAAUGAAGAAACAUUUAACUGGAGCAGGGGCGCAGGCUUAAAGUUGCACUGAGCAGAGUAGCAUUAAAGGGUGUGAACGGUUUCUUGACGAAUUAUAAGUAUCAACAGUUCUGGAAUUCUUACUUAGUUUCAUCACGAGGACCAACACCUGCCAUAAAGUCAGAUUGGGCACAAAAGUUCAGCUGUUGUAAUAGGGUUUUGUUUUCCUAUUUACUAAUUAAGAUCUUACAACAAAAGCCAUGAUCUGCAAAAAAACAUCUGUCAUUAUUUUGACCUUUUUUAAUUGAAAUGUUAAGAUGAAAGGUCUUAUUAAAGAUAAAGAAAACCUAAAAAAAAAAA